UGCUGAGCUUACGACCACGGCUCUGUCUACCCCGAGCUUAAUCAUGAAGAUUGGACCAUAUCUAUCUGCUAAGUUUCCUAAGGCUAUGUGAGGAAGGCCUCCUAGAAGAUGUAGGUGACCAAUAAUAGGCCAUGAAUUAGAUGAACCCUGUGCAUGAGGGAUAUUGGGACUGCAAUAAGAAAAAAAACCACUUCUUCCUUGCAUACACAUUUCUGGAAACUUGCAGCAUCUUGGAAAUAGCUUGAUUAUGGAAAAUUACAUGACUUUGACCCUUGCAGAAGAGCUCAUUCUAGUGUUGUUCCUGAAGGCAGCACUGGACCAGGAGUCCACAGCUGCUUGAUCUGAGUUCUGAAACCGGCAGCAUAAGUGUGCUGGCGUGCUCAUGAGUUACAUGCAAGACAAUUAGUGGUUAUGAGCAUUUUCGUCCUGCUUCAAAGUUCAAUCAAAUAACCUUGAAAAUGUCUUGUUUAUGGAUAAUUACUAUGACUUUGACCCUUUCAGAAGAUGUAUGACUCAUAUCUCAUUGUUUGUGUAUUACCAUGUGCUAGAGUACUCAAUGCUGAUUCUCCUAUUUUCUUCUGACUUUUUUUGAAGCUCAUUCUAGUGUUUGUUCCUGAAGGCAGCACUGGACCAGGAGUCCACAGCUGCUUGAUCUAAGUUCUGAAACCGGCAGCAUAAGUGUGCUGGAGGAAUAAGAUUAGAACAAAAGAUUGAAGCACGAUCGUUUCCGACUUUUAUUUUUUGUACAUGCCAAUCUGGCAUGCUCAUAAGUUACAUGCAAGACAAUCAGUGGUUAUGAGCAUUUUCGUCCUGCUUCAAAGUUCAAUCAAAUAAUCUUGAAAAUGUCUUGUUUAUGGAUAAUUACUAUGACUUUGACCCUUGCAGAAGAGCUCAUUCUAGUGUUUUGUUCCUGAAGGCAGCACUGGACCAUGACUCCUUGAUCUGAGUUUUGAAACCAACAGCAUUACACAGGGAGUUAAAGUGUACAUGCCGAUCUGGUUUGCUCACCAGUUACAUGCAAGACGAUAAGUGGUUAUGAGCAUUCCGUCCUGCUUCAAAGUUCAAUCAAAUUGUGAAGAGUCUAUAUUCAUGUCAAGGCCAUGUGAGGAAAAGUUCCCGAAUAUUGCUGAUGGCUUGAGCAGGAUGAAGCGAUGUAGAGGGAGGAGGUAGCCAGGGAGAUAGUGAAGGUAUGGGCUGCUUGUUGCUUCUGUCAUUGCCCACAAAUACUUAAUUACUAACAAGGGGAAGGUAUUGUAGGCUUUUGGAAAAAAAAGAGGAGAUUUCCUAAUUUGGGAUGUAUUGUAUACAACAAGAUAACUUAUUUUCAUAUUAAUCUACUAUCAAAGGUGCUGAUGUGCUGCUUCUUUCUUCAGCCCUUAACUGCCUCACUAAUUUGCCUCAUUUCCUGUAAUGUUGACUGGUGAAUAGCAACUGAAUAGUUGAAUAUAUGAUUAUAAUUAUAUUAAUCUAUCAGAAAGUUCUACUAUAAUAAAGUAAUAUGCAACUUGGACCUAUGUUAGUAUUAUAUAGAAUCAGUAAUGGGAGCAACAACGCUUUCUUUCAAGUUUAACCAUUGAAUCUUUACAAGUUAUACUAAAAAACUGCUCUUCAUUUCAGCAAGCUCUAGAAUCUCUUGUCUCUGCAUCCAAAACAUUGUUAUUCUGAAUCUUUUUACCUAUUAAAUAUUCCUUGAAUCCUGAGUUGUCUCUCUUAUUCAACACCUUUGGAGUACUAAAACUCAACACCCUCUAAGAAGAAAAUUCUAAUGUUCAGUUUUUGAUGCAUCUCUGAUCAUCCCAACCACGAAAAGAUUAUACGUCUCAUUAAACCGCGCUAUAGAAGCCUCUUUGAUCCUCGAAUUCUUUUCUUGGUUGUCUGUUUCUUUCUCUUUGAUUUUUCAGAUUUCAUGGAUUCGAGUUUUCAAGUCCAAAAUGAUCAGGCUUUCCCUGCUUUUGGCUCCUAUAUGCCCAACAAUAUGCAAUCAUAUUGGGAGUCACCAGAGACUAAUAUGGGAGAGCUCUUAAAGACACCAGCUAGCUCUAGAAAAAAAGAUAACUCGAAGACGAAGAAUUCAGCUGCCUUGAGGAGCCAUUGUGAGGCUGAAAGGCGGAGGAGGGAGAGAAUCAAUGGUCAUCUUGCAAACCUCCGGACUUUUCUACCUUGUUCUGAUAAAGUUAAGAUGGACAAAGCAACAUUGUUAGCUGAAGUAAUCUCCCAAGUCAAAGUGCUAAAGAAGCAAGCAAUAGAGGCUACCAAGGGUCUGCUCGUCCCAACAGAUGCAAAUGAAGUUACAGUUGAGCCAUACGACGACGAUGGCGGCGGCGACGACAUAGCAGACAGCUUGUAUGCAUUCAGGGCUUCAAUUUGCUGUGAAUACAAGCCAGAACUCAUCACAGAUAUAAGGCAAGCCAUAAGUGACCUUAAACUAACCAUAACAAAAGCAGAAAUAUCCACCUUAGAAGGUAGGGUAAAGAAUCUUCUUAUUGUCACUGGUUGCAAAGAAGAUAUUGGUCAUGGAAAAAGUGAAAAAUUUGCUAAGUCUAUACAAGAUGCACUGUGUUCUGUACUCCAGAAGAUGUCUGUAGUGGAGGAAUAUUUGCCUACAACAAUGUUAUCAAAUAAGAGACGAAAGAUUUCGUGCUUUGAACCUUCCACAUCAUGCCCAUCUUUGUGAGUUACUACACAUAUCAGUCAUGUAUAUGCCUAAUAAUACCUUUGGCAUGUAUGCCUAAUAGUAAGAUCAUGUUGAAAGAUAAUUGUAUACAAUAACCUUAGGUGAAGCAUACUUAUAAUUAUUAUUGUAAUACUUUAGAAGUCCUAAAAAACGGAUUCAGAUAUAGCUAUGUCUAAUUUUAGGGGGGUUGGUCACCAUGUUGACAACAUUAUGGUGACGAAAUUUGCUUCUAAGGUAGUGACUUCUUGACGAAGCGACAAUCUGAAAUCUACGAAAGAGAUGCUAUUUUUUUUUUUUAAAAACGUUCGUUGUGAUUUUGGUUUCAGAAGUGCAUUAUUUCCAACUUUAGAUUUUUUUUUAUAACCAUCAACCAAGUAUAUAUGUAAAACCGAUACUUUUAGGAAAAACGAUUUCACAAUAACUUAUCAUGAAGUAACAAGGUAUCACUUAAAAAACUAAAUCAUGACCCCUUACGAUAUUAAAAAAGCCACCAUUUUGUCUCGGAAUUCAUACUUUUGAACUUUGUGAAUCCGCCUUAUUUAAAAUUUAACGUCUAAAGCACUAAAUUAAGAGUAAAGUUCAUAUUAUUCGUACCAAAUAGUUCGAUUCGUAUAAUUUUAUACAUAUUGUUGACAAUAGAUAUUUAUUGGUGCCUUGUUAUACAAGUGAAAAAUGGGGAGUAAAUUUGUUUUUACUAAAACUAGUUAUUGAGAAAUGAGAAAAUUCUUAUGUCUACAUAGAAAAAGAGUUUAAGAUUAGGGAAGUCUAUAGUGAAGAAGGAUCGUGAAAAUUGUACAAUUAAUAUUGGUUGUCGGAGAGAAAUUUAACAUACUCAUUCUAUCGGAAAAAAAUAUUUUCAUUUCUCUUUAAUUACAUACUUCCUCACUUCUGAAAUAAGUAAAACAAAUCUCUCAAUAACUGCCACAUAAAAUAGAGAAUAGAGAAGUGUUUCACUUAAAAUAGAGUAUUAGUUAAAAACUUUACAUGACUAUAUAUUUUUUUUCUUAUACUUUGUAUUAGAAAUAAUUUUAAAAAUUAUCUUUACUAGUAGAUAAUGCAAAAACAAAAAUAAUCCUUUUAAAAUAAAAGAAGUACAACAUAAAUGGUAUAUAAAAUUUCCAAAAAUCUCAAAUUAUAAAUGACAUAUAGGAUCAAAUCUCGUCUACAUCACUCUGA